ACCUUGAAAUGUAUUGAAUAAUUUUACUAAGCGGAAUGAUUUAUUACUAGUAACACUCAGUGUUAGCUUAUAGCCUGCUAGCAUCACCAAACGGUGCCGGCUAAAGUAAGCAUUUGCUUACCAUCUGUUUACUGUACAUCUGCCCUUCUUGUCAAUCUAAUUGCGGAUUUAUCCGAUGUAUGCUUUUCAGACCUCUCCUCACCAGAUCGGGAUGCUUUCGUAGAUCAACGUGCGGUACAGCGCCCAGUUCACCCUGCCUCCAGACGCCCGCAAGCGACAGAGGCAUGCAGUGAGUGAGUCCCCCACGCGAUGCAGCUUCAUGGAUUGCGUUCGGGUGAACGGCGACACCAUCGGCCAGCAUGAAAGCGAUCGGGAAGCUGUGAAGGAGGUGCUGCCCGGCCUUCGCAGAGUCAGCGUGCCUCACAUCACCCUGACCUCAGACGCUCGUAGGCGGCCGAGGCGUACUGCGAGCCAGCACCCGUCUCGAUGCAGCUUCACGGACCGCGUUCAGGCGAACGGAGACGCCAUCGCCCAGCAUGAAAACGGUAAGACUCCGCUUGUCAUUGUAACCUGCACUACUUGCCACAUGUACAGUUUAGCUUCUUCCGUCAGCAUAGAGGGGUUUACAUGUGCUAAGUGUAUUGAAGUAGUAAGGCUGACGGAGAAGGUUGCUGAACUAGAAGCACGCAUCCGAACGCUAGUUGAGGACAGUAAGACCGCUAAUGUUAAUGUUACAAACACUGUUUCGGGUGCGCCUAGUGUUAAGCGUAAUACACAUGGCUCGGUUCCGACUUCAGAGUCAAGGCGGCUGACUAACUGGGUGACUGUCAGGCGGCAUAGUCACAUUCGGCACCCAAAUCACACUCCUGUUUUAAUAUCAAACAGAUUUUCUCCACUCAGCAAUACACCGGCUGAGACGUCUGUUAAAAGUGCACUGGUUAUUGGAGAUUCUAUACUCAGGAACGUUGACAUUGAGGCACCAGCCACCAUAGUCGAUUGUAUACCGGGAGCCAGAGCGUCUGACAAUAGAUCCAAAUUAAAAGUGCUGGCUAAUGCUAAACGUAAGUUUUCUAAGAUUGUUAUUCACGCCGGCACGAAUGACACCAGACUCCGCCAGUCGGAGAUCACCAAAGAUACUAUUAAAGAGGUGUGUGAAAUUGCAAAAACAAUGUCAGACAAUGUAAUUUGCUCUGGUCCCGGGGAUGAAACUUACAGUAGAUUAGUGUCUCUUCAUGGCUGGAUGUCAAAGUGGUGCCCUCAGCAUAACGUAGGGUUUAUAGACAAUUGGAAGCAUUUCCGGGGAAGACCUGACCUGCUAAAGAGAGAUGGCCUCCAUCCGUCUCCGGAAGGUAGUGCUAUACUCUCUAGAAAUCUGACCAAUAGUCUUACUUUUGAUAUUGUCUGACUAUCCAGGGCCCAGGUCAGGAAACAGACAGAUCGGCUUACCCAUCAGUCUGUUAGCUGCCUUGACAUAUCAAGAUCACAUAUAUCCCAGCACAUAGAGCCUUUUUUUACCAGAGUACCAACACAUCUCGACUGUGUCUGUUCCUCGAACAAAUAAAUACAGAGCUCCGUUUACCUCGUCUCGUACAAAUCUUAUUAACAUAAAAUUAGAACACAAUACAUUAAAAGAUGAAACUCAAAUGUUAAAAUUCGGCCUUCUUAACAUUAGAUCGCUUACCAAUAAAGAACCUAUUAUCAAUGAAAUAAUUACUGACCAAAACUUAGAUGCACUCUGUAUAACAGAGACCUGGCUUAAAGCAGACGAUUACAUCAGUUUAAACGAAUCCACCCCACAAGACUAUUAUUAUAAACACGUUCCUCGUCUAAAAGGGAGAGGGGGUGGUGUAGCUACAAUAUACAACAAAAUGUUCAAAGUAAACCAUAAAUCAGAACUAAAAUUUAAUUCGUUUGAAAUAAUACUGUUAAACAUGGAAAUAACUGAUCGUAACAACAAACAGCUUUCGUUCAUUUUAGCUACCAUAUAUAGGCCUCCGGGCCACCACACAGAUUUUCUUAAAGAAAUAGCAGACUUCCUAUCUGAGCUUACAGUCACUGUAGACAAAGCUCUUAUCGUUGGUGAUUUUAACAUCCAUGUGGAUAAUUCAAAAGACGCAUUAGGACGUGCGUUUAUGGAUGUUCUAAAUUCUCUCGGUAUUAAACAAAACGUGUCUGGACCCACGCAUACUCGUAAGCACACAUUAGACUUAAUUCUGUCACUCGGACUCAAUAUUAAUGACAUCGAAAUAUCACCCCAGAGCGAUGCCGUUUCAGACCAUUGCCUUGUGUCAGACACAAUACUUCUAGAUAGGCCCGUUCAGUCUACAACAUGCUACAGAUUAGCCAGAACAAUAAUUUCCACCACUAAAGAUAGCUUUAUUAGCACUCUUCCAGACCUGUCUCAAAUGAAACAUGUAGCAGAUAACCGUGAAGAUCUGGAUAUUAUAAUAGAAAACCUGAACAACGUUUGCUCUAGCACGAUGGAUGCCGUUGCUCCCAUACGAAAAAAGAGAAUCAAAGAAAAAACGCCAGCUCCAUGGUAUGACCAUCAUACUGCAGCCCUUAAAAAAGUAGCUAGAAAAAUGGAAAGAAACUACCGAAACACAAAGUUAGAGGUAUGGCGUUCAGCAUGGAAAGAGAGUGUUCAACACUACAGACAGGCUAUAAAAACCGCCAGAUCUACCUAUCUCAAUACGCUUAUUAAAGAAAAUCAUAACAACCCUCGUUUCCUCUUUAGCACAGUUGCGAAACUGACUAGAAACAAAGAACAAACAGAAACCAAUAGUAAAUUCCAACACAAUAGUAACGACUUCAUGAACUUCUUUACUAACAAAAUUAUUUCUAUUAGAGAAAACAUAGAAACUACGCUAGCAGCCACCACUCUACCCAAUAGUACAUUGACCACUAGAUUAUCAUACGAACAUCUUGAGUCAUUUAAACCUACUACAAUAGAAGAGCUCUCUAAAUUAGUAACGUCAUCUAAAUCAUCGUCCUGUAUAUUAGACCCCAUUCCCACAAAAUUACUAAAAGAGGUAUUUCAUGUAGUGUCCGACACGGUACUAAAUAUCUUUAACUCAUCGCUAGAAUUAGGAUACGUUCCAACAGCUUUCAAACUAGCAGUUAUUAGACCGCUCAUUAAAAAACCAAACCUUGACCAGGGAGAUCUUAAUAACUUUAGACCAAUCUCAAAUCUACCUUUUCUUUCUAAAAUAUUAGAAAAAGUAGUGGCAAGCCAGCUACGCACAUUCAUAGCGAAUAAUAAUACAUAUGAAAAGUUCCAAUCAGGAUUCAGGCCCCACCAUAGCACAGAAACAGCGCUGCUUAGAGUUACAAAUGACCUCCUAUUAACAUCCGAUCGUGGUGAAAUCUCAAUCCUUAUAUUACUAGACCUUAGUGCAGCCUUUGACACAAUAGAUCACAGAAUCCUACUCAAUAGACUAGAAAACUAUGUUGGCAUCAGUGGUCAGGCGUUAGCCUGGUUUAGAUCGUAUCUAACCAAUCGAUAUCACUUUGUUUAUGUAAAUGAGGAAGAGUCCUAUCACUCCCCCGUUAAAUACGGCGUACCUCAGGGAUCAGUUCUAGGCCCUAUCCUAUUCUCGUUAUAUAUGUUACCUCUAGGAGACAUUAUCAGGAAACAUAACAUACGUUUUCACUGCUAUGCGGAUGAUACCCAGCUUUACAUCUCGUCACAUCCUAGCGAAACCCACCAGUUUGCUAAGCUAACAGACUGCAUUAGUGAUAUUAGGGACUGGAUGGCACAUAACUUUCUUAUGCUAAACUCCAAUAAGACAGAGAUACUUAUUAUUGAACCAAAUCGCUCCAAACAUAAUAUGUCAGAUUACAAGUUGCCCAUAGAUGGCUGCACCGUGGUGCCAUCUUCCACGGUUAAGAAUUUAGGCGUAUCCAUGCUUUUAUGACCUCUAUAAUAGUAUAUUGUAACUCGUUACUCGGGGGAUGCCAUGCAAAUCAGGUAAUCAAGCUACAGCUGGUUCAAAACGCCGCCGCAAGAGUGCUUACUCGAUCUAAAAAGUAUGACCACAUUAGUCCAAUUCUGGCAUCUUUACACUGGCUACCAGUUAAAUAUCGCAUACAAUUUAAAAUAUUACUAAUCACCUACAAAGGCUUAAAUGGCCUAGCGCCCUCGUAUAUUAAAGAACUACUAUCAGAAUACAAUCCACCACGUAAACUGCGAUCACAAAAUUCGGGUUACUUAAUUAUCCCUAGAAUAUCAAAAGUGUCUAAAGGUGGUAGAUCCUUUUCCUACUUAGCCCCUAAGCUCUGGAAUGAUUUACCAAAUAAUGUUAGAGUAUCAGACACAGUCGAACAAUUUAAAUCUAAACUUAAGACAUUCUUCUUUAACAAAGCAUUCACAUAGAAUGUCCAGUAAAUGUACUUUUCCCGCAGUAGUUAUUUUGUCUAGAACAAAGCACUCACAUACCUCAUAUGGGCAAUUUACUCUUGCCGCAAUAGUUAGCCUGUCUGGAACCGAGCUGAAUUAAACCACUAUAAUGUAUGACACUUGCAUUACAUGCGAACGGCCCCUACGCUAAUAGAAUUCUGUUUUCGUCUCCCUGUCUCGUCCUCGACCCUGAGGACAAUGAGACAAAAGACCCAGUUCCUGUUGCUGUGAAGGUCAUCGCACCACUGAUCUACUGGCUGUCCUUCAACGUGACGCCCAACCGAUGCGCGACCAACGGCCACCGGCUGAACCAGUUUAAUCCGCUUACACGCUUCCUAUCCCUACCGUGUCUAUAUAUUAUAAAUAUAAAUAUUAAUUUCUCCCUAGGGUUUUUUGUCCUUCUAGGAGUUUUUCCCACCGGGUUUUCUCCUAUGGGGUUUUUUAGUCCCAGAGAGAGUCAGCCAACUUUGGCUUAACUUAGCACUUUACUGUAUACGUUACAUUAUUAAUAUGCUCGCUUACACGGUUUUUUAUCCUUAGCCGCUAUAUUCUACUUCUUAUACUAUGUAUUGAUUUUCAAUGUUCUCCUCUACAUCUACUCAUGUAAAGCUGCUUUGCAACAAUUAACAAUUGUGAAAAGCGCUAUAUAAAUAAAAAAUAAAAAUAAAUUGAAUUGAAUUUAACUGCCCCGUUUCGGACAUUGUGCUUUUCCUGCAACAUAAAAUGGACGCCGACGUUAGGUGACUGUAAUGUCAUCUUAAGACCAAAGGUUGGUUAUGUACCUAAAUCUCUUUCCACCCCCUUCCAGGAUCAGGUUAUUUUCCUAACGGCCAUAUCUGCAGGACCUAGAACAUCAUUAGAUGCUACUAAGAUGAUUUGCCUGGUCAUAGCUCAGAGGACAUAUGUGAACCGUAAAGCCAAACUAAGAGCAUCAGAUUAACUGUUUGUUUGCUAUAGCGGCCCUACUGAAGGCAGAGCAGUGUCUAAACAGUGGCUCUAGCGCUGGUUAGUGGAAGCUAUAACGCUUGCUUACGAGAACUGUGGACUUAACCCCUCUUUCAACAUCAGGGCUCACUCUAUAAGAGCCAUCGCCUCAUUGUGGGCUUGGUUUCAAGGUACCGCUAUUCAGGAUGUAUGUCGUGCAGAAGGCUGGGCUUCACAUAAGACCUUUGCAAGGUUUUAUUUGCUGAAUAUGCAAUCACUAGCUACGAAAGUCCUGUUGGUGAGUACUGACCACUCUUAUGAUUCUAUGUAAUGACACCCGUGUUUUCUCGCAGGUCGCCUUGAUUUAAUGCAGAUGCCUGCAUCACUCGUUAGUUAAGAUGUAUGUGUGCUUGUGCCACUUUCUCUACCCUGUGCUCCAUCAGGUCGUCUUUACAAAGAUGGCGCUAACAUACACGGUGUUACAGCUAAGGCUAUUUACUCUGUGUUGUGAAUAUACAUUAACUACAUUUUGCCCGGCAAGGCCGUGCAUGCUACUACUUACUGCGUGUUUUCAACCAAAUUACUUGUGUUUUCACCCUAAUUACUUGUCUAUCUACCCUGAAGCACUGCAGUGAUGAGUAUUCAUGUUCCUUAGGUUGGGAUAUGCAAAUUUUGUACUUCAGGAAUAUCGGCACCUUAUUGGCCGGGCUCGCCCCCCAGGGGCAUGGCCACUGCGUGUCAGAAUAUUACUGGUUGUGUCCUCUAGACCAGUGGUUCCCAACCUUUUGGCUCUAAGUACCCCCACAGCCGUAUCAGUAAGGCUCAAGUACCCCUUCAUCGAAACUAAUCCUAAGUUGUGUUUUAAAGAAAAAUAAUUAGUAAUAUUUAUUAAUUUUAAACAUUAAAGUAAAAAGCACUGACUGAUGAAGCAUGUUUAUUUCAACAAACCACUAUCAUUGCGAUCAGUGUUUGCAUUUUAUCAGCUCAUUUGCAUUUUAAAAGACACACCCAAAAACGGCACAUUUUACUCUGCCCUACAAAAUGGCAAUUUUGACAUGCUAUAAUUAAUUAUCUGUAGGGUGUUUUGAGAUAAAACUUCACAUAUGGACUCUGGGAACGCCAAAGACUUAUUUUACAAAUUAAAAAAUUUCAUCAUAUGACCCCUUUAAGGGACAGAUUUACUAACAGCUUGCGCAAACCAUCAUUUUGUCGUUAAAUAACUUACUAAAGACACGCAGUAGAUAUUUAGCUCUGAAAAGGUGUUAUUUUUGCGACCUUAUUGCAUUUGCAGAUUUUUUCCUUUUGAAGCAACAUUAAUGCGAGGAGAGUAUUACAUUUUGCCAGAGGAAAAUACUUAAAAAAAAUAUAUAGAGUUUGCCAAGCCAAGCUAUGUUUAAUUUGCUGGAGAAAAGAGGAGGAGAAGUCAAAUCAGGUAUUUCAAAACUUCUUUUACCGUUCAUCUUUCGUAUUACUUUCACUUAGCUGGAAUUUCACACUCCGCAGUCCGCAUUUUCAUUGCGAUGUCCUGCCGAAUUCUCUUAUUUGCGACCUAAUUUGCGCUGCUCUUAGUAGAUUGUAAUGGUCAUUAUAGAAAUGUGCUUGUGUCAUUAUAGAAUUUGCGCCUUUGUAGUAAAUCACACGCAAAUUAUCCACUCCGGCGCUUAUUUGGAAUUGAGCUCUCACGUCCUUUUUAGUAAAUGCCCUAAAUUUACUCAAAUCUCAAUUUAAGUUACUGAUAAUUAAAGUGUGCAAAUAAGUUAAAUUAUUCUGUUAAAAUAUAAAGAGAAACAAAAUGUGUAAAGACAUUCUUUAAAAAUACAAAAGACAUCAUACGGGACAAUAUAUGUUAGCCAAAAACAAUGCAAACGUUUUUUUGCAUAAUUUGAAAAUGUAAUGGCAGCGGGAACGAAUAUUAUAGCAUUAUUUGAACAUUAUUUAUAGUUUAUAAACUUUGUGUCUUUAGAAACUAUUCAGGUUCAUUGAAAAUAGUCAGAUCGUUCUUGAGUUGGACAUCGCUAUUGCGUUUUGGAUCAUGCAGCGCAUUUACUCUU